AUGGGAGACAAGAAUUAUACAUUACUGAAGAAAAAUGUUGCCGCAUUUGAUUUCACCGAAGAUGGAAAAUUAUAUUGCACCGGAAAUGAAGAAAUAACAGCAAUUAUCUUUGAUUUAUCUGAAUUCAAAGCAGAUGAUUAUUUGUACAUUACUGGUAAUGCAAAUUUAACUAUUGGAACAACAAGUGAUUCACAAUAUAAAUUAGAUCCUACAAAAUCACUUGUACUUGUUGCCACUACUUUUGAUGGAAAUGGAGAAUUUAGUAGUUUUUCAUAUAGUGAUUAUAAUCCUUAUAAACUAAGUAUUAAAUAUUAUAAUAUUGAUGGUGAUACUGUAUAUUCGAGGAAAUCUUUAUCUUUUUACAGAAAUUUCAGAAUUAUUACAUUCAAAUGUGAAGAUUCAACAUAUGAAUUUAAUCGGAAUUUCCAAACUCAAUCAUCUUCAGAUAAAGAAACAAUGAUAAUUAACUCAAAAGUUGGCACUCAUAAAUUUGCAUCUGAACCUGAUAAUUCAAAUCCAGCACCAAAUCCAAAUCCAGGAAAAACAGAUCCUAAACCAGGAUCAAAUCCAACUGAAACCACCAAUGGUAAAGAAGAUGGAAGUGAUGCAAAAACAGGUGGUGGAAAUGGAGGAAAGAUUGCUGGAGCAGUGAUUGGUGUUUUGAUCGUCAUUGCAAUUGUCUGUGUUGUUGUUUUCUUUGUAUUGAAGAAGAAGAAAGCUUCAGAAGAAAAAGAUUCAAAUGAUGACCAAGUACACGAAGAUGCAUCAAUGGAUGAUGCAGUUGGAGUUUAA